ACACGACCUGGCCCUUCACUCGAACAGCCUGUUUGUUCGGUGAUUCACCUGGACCGUUUGUCAGGCUGUUUGUAUUGUCCAGCCAGGUGGCCAAACUUCAAGCCCGACAAUCCACUCCAUUGGCCUCUUUGUACCAAUACCUAGACACCCCUUCGACUCGUACCGACAAUGUGACGGCCGAACCUUCAGAGAACCUUCUCUUUCAACCAACCUCUUGAGAGUCUGAGCCUCACACGAUCCCACCGAUUUCUACCAUACCCAUCCUCCGAGCUACAACAUAUCCACCCCGUAUUUACGGGAAUCGCAACCUCCCUCUGAAUUCCCCAACACAACCUCACAAUGGCCUCGCUGAAGGUCCCAGAUGCGGGCCUCCAGUUGGAGGGCUCCGCUGACGCUUCAGUCGGCGUGCCCACACAGGCUUUUGCCCUCAGUCUGCCUGACAGCGUUAUUGAGGACAUGAUCAGGUGUGUCCAGAAUGGCGAAGACAUCCAGCUGUCUUUGGGCAACAGCCCGACUUUCCUGUACGGUUUAGAUUCCUUCACGCCUUCACCGAUAUCCGAUCCCGCGCCCGCCGACAUUUUCCUCACAAAGCCCUUCGAAUCGACCAAGAUCGCCUCUCGAAUUCCAAUCACAACCUCGCUCUGGCAGAAACCGAGCUCUCCACGAUCUGAUACCAGCGAACACAAUGCUUCUGCGAGAUCCAAAAACCUUGCUUCAUCCUCAGCAUCUUCUGCUCUGGACUCUGAUGCAGAAAACCUACAGAACUCUAUGGCAGCAGCGGAGGCAUCGAAGAAGCAUCUUAUGACUUCCUGGAUCAAAAUGGAUGGCAAGGCGGACGACUUCAAGCUUACGCUCGAAAAGGUUGCCGACUUCGACAACAGUGCACAAAAAUGGAUGCUAAAGAGACUUUACUGGAAAGAACUGGACGUUUGGAGAUAUGACUACGACAGUCCUGACGAUAGGCAAAAGGCUAUCGACAAUGCCAUUCGGGCCUUCGACAAGAUGCGGUUGGGAAUUGAGGAACCCGAAUGGCAAAAGCUGCUGCCCAAAGAUGAGCGUGGGAAGGGAAAAAUCCUGAGCAAACUGCAAGCCAACAUCGCCAAAGGCCCGGCUGUGCCAACACCGAAGAUCAAGGUUCAAAAGGCCGACGAUGGGACAAGCGAUGCGGGCGGCGAAGACACACUCAAGAUCGAUGAUGGAAGGAGUUCGGUGCGAUCCAACUCAUCGUUGCCGGGGAAAAAGAAGGUCAGCAGCGCCGAUGCACAAGUCAAGAGGCUCUUGUCGAACAAGCCCAGCAAACCCAAAGCAGCCCCGGCAAAAGCGCCAGCCUCCAAGUGCUCUCAGCGGGAGUUCAUCUCAGACUCCGAUUCAGAGUCUUCAAGCAAUAAGCCGAUGGCAAGUGUCUCGUCAUCGAAGACCAAGAGACCAUCGCCGGCCCCGGCCCCGGCUCCUAGACCGAAGGAAAAGCCAGCCCCAGCAUCGGCCCCGGCCCCGCGACCAAAGUACCCUCCUAGACCGAAGCCUGUCGAACGGCCAGCUGAGCCGUCAAAUGAGCGACUAGUGGAUCGUGAGCCCACAAGGCAAGCCAAAACACAAGCGCCGGUCAAGCGGCGCAGGGACGAGGAACCGGAGGAGAGCAGCUCAAGUUCGGGCGCGCCGCUCGCCAAGCGUAUGAAGCCGAAAAUGUCAACAACUGGCGAGAAGGCACCGAUCAGGCCUCCAACGAAGCUCAAGCAGCGACCCAUCCCUGCGGACACGACACGGAACUCCUCAGCCUCGAACGGCAGUCUCCCCUACAAAGCCACCAAGAACACUUCGCCGACCAAAUCUUCGCCAUUGGCCUCCUCGCCGCCAACGAAUGCUUCCGAUCUCGAGCAGCGGCGCCAGCUCCCUCCGGAUCUGGCCCCCAUCAACCGGAAGCGCAAAGUUACUGCUGACACUUCUGACGAUGGCUUGUCAAGCAAGGGUAGCACCACUAGUGCCGACAGCAAUAAGCGAUACAAACCCAUUGGCCAGGAUCUUGUUCGCAAAGCACACAAGUUCAAGAUGUUCUAUGAGAAGUACGCAUCGCUGCACCGAGAGAUUGCGAGUAUGGACCAUCCGCCAAAGGAUCGACUGGCCGAUCUGAUCGAUAUGCGACAGCGGUUACAGAACAUGAAGACGGACAUCUACAGAGAGUGCCCGCCUGCCAUCGCGGCAGUUUAGAAGUGAUUUCUGUAGGUACAAUGAGUGUACGAUGAACGGCCAAGGGGUGUGCGGACAGCGUCAUGAACGGACCUUUCAAGAGCGCCUCAGCUCAAACGAACCAAAGCAUCAGCAACAGCGUUUUGUUUUCUUUCAUUAUUUCUUACAGUUUAGUGGGGCAUUUGCAUCAGACCAGGAUAAGGUCAGGAUAUUGGCGACACCGGCUAAGGCCCAGGUCAUUCUGCUUUUUGAUAUUGCAUGGACAAAAUGGCAAGAUGGAGCCAGUAGCUGCGCCUGGGGACAGGACAGCGCAAAUCCACGUUCUCUCUACCUCUUGAUACCACAAGUUGUCAUAGUUGGACAGACACAAUAUGCCUGAUUGAAUUUAACGGAAAUGCUGAU